AAAGGAAGAUGGCGGCAAAAAAUCAAUCUUUCAAAAUAGAAAUGUGUAAAUUUUUCAAAAUAUUUGUUGUUUUAUCUAAAAAUGUUGUUGUUUGAACACUUGAGUGAUGUCUCUAGUCAAUAUAAAAGGUGUGGAAAUCAAUUUUCCAUACAAGCCUUACGACUGUCAAGUAAAAUAUAUGGAAAAAGUGAUUCAAUGUUUGCAAGAGGUUUGUAUAUUAAUAAAUUUUAAUAUAUUCUUGGUGUUUAAAGGGAAGGAUCAAAUAUAUGUUUCUGCAAAAAAUGACGUCUUUUACAAAACCCCCUUCCUACCAAAUAGUAUAAUAUGAGGGGUCAUUGACAUUACCAUAUAAUGACGUUUUUUAUAUGGUCAGAGAGGGGGGAACAUUGGGAUUUACGGUAUGGCGGUAUGAGCUUAUUUUUCUUACUGUAUUUCGGUAUUUUCCUUGAAAAAUUGCGGUAUUACGAUAUUGAAAAUCUUGCGGUACACGGUAUUUGUAAUUUUGGACUCAAAAACUGCUGCGGUUAUUGACAAAAUUUGCUUGCGGUAUUACAGUAUUGAAUACCCUCCAAUGCCCCCCUCAAGAGACUUUUUGACAUGUUGGUCAGAAACCUGAAACCAACAAUUUUUUGUUUUGCCUUGAUGAUGGGACAAUUUUAGAAAGUUUGAAAAAUUCACUGUCCAGGGGCCAAACUACUGGGGGGAGGUGUGUGACCCCCCCCCCAGUCUCUAUCCCCCAGUGUAUAUCCAAUUUCAUUGGGCAAAUUUUGAAAAUAUUCGAGUGUCUCGGAUUGACAAGUAAGUCUGUAAUAGUUGUGGGAAAAAGUUUGAUAAGUUUACGAAAAUAUAACUGAAAAAGUUUACAAAUUAGCACAUCAUACACAUCUUUUUAACCAAUUACGAGAAGAAAUUAGGAACUGCAGAGACUACAGCGUAUUCUACAAUGAGACCAAGAAUUUUUUAGUCUUGAAAGCAUGGUCAAGACUUGGAUAAUGUUAGAAAGAAACAUUCAAAUGUAUAUAGUUUUGUACAGUUUUGUUCUAACUUAAUUAAUUUGUAAUUUUGUACGUUUUGGGAAAAGAAAUAUUAAUUAGCGACUGAAAUGUUCGUCUGUUGGGAACGACUUUGGCCACGUUCUUUUGAUCGGGCAAAACAAGUCCCCCCCCCCAGCCAUAAUACCAAAGUUUUGCCCCUGUCACUGUCUGGUAGAUAGGGCCAUCUGGCCUUCAUCCAACCGACCUCUCAACAUUAGAACCACACAAUUUACUGCAGGGUAAGAAUGGCAUUCUUGAAUCACCGACUGGAACUGGGAAGACCUUAUGUUUACUCUGUGCGACUUUGGCUUGGCGUGACACGUAUCUAGCUCACUUACAGCUGAAUUUGAAAGUUCAGGAGAGAAAAGCUAGUGGUCAGUUUUGUGAUGACUUACAGGAAAACCUAGGACAAGCAGCUGUUGGGUGGACUUCAGAAGAAAAUGAUGGUAGGUUUUUAUAUACUGUACAGGCCUCAAAUUAGGAGUCAGUUGUUUUCAUUGCUAGUCAGUUUGUUGGUUGGCCAGUCAGCCAGUAAUUCCGCAGGUUUGUUUAAUGGUCUCUUGGUUGAUGCGGGUUGGUUGGUCAAUUGGUCGGUCGGUUGGUCAGCCAGCCAGCCAGUAGUUCCACAGGUCGGUUGGUUGGUUGGUAGAUUGGUUGCAAGGCCGAAUUUUGGUGGAAAUAGUGGGGUAAGUUGAAAUAAAUUUAGGGGAGGUGCAACGGUCUAGCUCACGACCCCCAUGGAAAGUUAGGGCUUAGAACGGGCCAAAGUCAACAGUGUGAUGUAUGCAUGUAAUGUACAUUCAGUGUAUUAAAUUAUUAUUGUGACUGUACAAUACAUCCAAUUUUGCCCUUCAUUACAAUUACUACAAAGUUUCAUUGCAUUAAAAGGGUACUUGACACAGAGAUGAAUGGCCAUCACUAUUUCAAUUUUACAGAAAAACUUUCUUACGAAAUGUAGAUCCUAAGCAACCAAAAAAUAUCAAAUUUGCACUUCGAUCUAUCAUUGAAACUUUCCCAAGGGGAGGUGCAUGACUUUUCAGGAGAUUUGCAAAAAUUCUCAGGGAAGGUACAAAACGAUCUCAGAGGAGGUGCGGACCUCCCCACACCUCCCCUCAAAAUCCGGCCAUGAUUGGUCAGUGAGUCUGUCACUCAGAAGAUAGGAUGUGCCUUUGUGCUUGUGCAUCAUGGGCUAUUGCCUGUUUUGCAACUCUUUUUUUCUAUUAAAGCACCUGAAUACGAUGUUCCGAAAAUCAUCUACACGUCAAGAACGCAUUCGCAACUAACCCAGGCUGUGAAUGAACUGAAGAACACAAUAUACAAGUGAGUUUUGGAUAGAGAUGUAGACACGUUUGUGUCUGUUGCUUUCUGCAGCCGAUUCAGGUUGAGCGUUUAAGGGAAAUCUCAAUUCCUGGGGAGCAGAACGGUGGGAUAACGACUGGGUAUGGCGUAUGGGUAGGUUAGGGUGUGAGACAGGUUUAAGAAAAAAGAUUGUCUGAAAAAAAUUAAUACUGCAUGUACGCAGGGGUAAUACUAGGGACAGUUAAUUAAAAAACCUGUAUUUUUUAUGAUCUAUUGUAAUAUACUUUGUCAGAUUAAUAGUUGUACCACUUUGGUAAUUGGGAUCUGCUGUCAGAUAAGUAUCCACAGCCAUUUAAUUUAAACAGAAAAAACGAAGGGCUGUUCGAGCGAAGGGCCGUUGUCAGUGACGAAGGGCCGUUGUCAGUGACGAAGGGCUUUGUUCGAGACUUUAAGAAGUGUAGUUGUCGUGAAUUUCAUUAUUUAUAUUGUAUGUUUAACAGAAGUACUAAGCCCAUUUUCCACUAGACAAAUUUGUUCGCGCGAAGCGAAAAACAAAUCUUAGCAAUGUGAUUGGCCAGCGAAAAAAUUUUGCUGUGAAAAAGUUGGAUCAGUUCCUACUUUUUCACUGUUCGCGCGAACAAAUUUGUCCAGUAGAAAAUGGGCUUUAAUCGCGAUUGUAAUAAUCGUAGAUUGUGAUCGUAGACGGAGAUUGAGCCGUUAAUUUUAUUGUUGUUUUAGACCCAAAGUAUGCGUGUUAGGAUCACGUGAACAAUUGUGUAUUCAUCCCCAGGUUCUUGAACAAGAAACACACACAGCCAAGGUAAGUGUAGAUACAUUAAUUUAGCUUGAUCAUUGGUGUGUGUGUGUGUGUGUGCGUGUGCGUGUGCGUGUGCGUGUGUGCGUGUGCGUGCGUAAAAGUGGGGGGGGGGGGUUGGGGUGGUCUGCAGUACCGGGUAGUUAAAUUUAAUGAUGCUGUCACUUACGUUUGUUCGUUAUUUUUUCAGAUGCACUUGUGUCGCACUAAAGUGGAAACAAAGAAAUGUCAUUUUUAUAAUAACCUGGAACAAGGUAUUUACACUAGAGCUCAGAAAAUUUGUUUUUCUGCAGUUUCUUGUCGACAAAUUGGCAAUCGAGGCUGAGACACCAGCAGUAUGAAGUAUUUCGCCUCAGUCACAUGCGAGAAGAAUUUUUCCAGUUUGAUUUUACCAUAAUAUUAAACACCAGGAUAGCGUGAUCCAUACACUUGGGAUGUUGCUCGACUUUCGGAAAGCGUAAAAGACACUCGCCUGCGGCUCGAGUAUUUUUACGCUUUCCGAAAGUCUCGCGACAUCCCUCGUGCAUGAAUCACGCAAUCCUGCACGGAAAACCAUUCGGUAUUCCUUUAAGAACUGAUUGAGCUAUCCAGUAUCAAGACAGUUUAGCCUAGGUUUCCUCCUGUAGUAUCAAAGAAGAGAGCAAUAAGGAAUGACCUUUGCUGGAGCUCUAGGGAGAACAAUUUAAAACUGAUAGCGCUAUUCAUGUAGUUUAGAUAAAGUUAGUUUAGGUUUGGUUUCAUCCUGUAGUAACACUGGGUCAAUAAUUUCUGGUGGUAUCAGGGCUCGAAAUAACGGCCGAUCAACGAUCAACGAUCGGCAGGAAAUUGUUUUUGAUCGGCGAAGAAGCAAGGUUGCUGUUCAUCUUGAUCGGCAAGAAACAUAUUUCCUGCAUUGUCUGAAAGACAUGAUUACAGUACGUGUACACGGUAAAAGACAAAUAAAAAUAAUAUGAAACACGUUCAAAAACACGCGAAAAACUCUUGUUUAGUUGAUACGAGUCAUACGACAGGUCGCAAUGCUAUGAAGUAUUGUCUCUUCAACGGUCUGCAAUCCGAACCACUGACGACGAACGUAUUUGUCAUAAUAAUUUCAAAUUGAUAGGAUUUUCUGAGUAGUAUUUUUUUAUUUUUAGUUGGAUUUUCUCUUUUAAUAUUAAAUAAUAAGUUUUAGUUCUUAAUUGAUAAUGCUGCUGUCAGUGUUUCUUGCUUUUGUGUGAAAAAAUGCAAUACUAUAAUUAAAACUUGAAAAGUGUUAUAAUAAACUAAAGUUUAUUACUGUAAUACAUGUUAAAUGUAGUUACACUAUUAGUAUUGUCAGUAUCGUAUAUAUAAGUCCACAAAUGUCAUAGAUUUAAUUAUUUAAACUCGAAUUUAAAAUGAAGUUAAACCUCCUGCUCAGAUGUGUAUUUACUGGCAUAUUUAGAAUUUUUUCAAGGAAAUGAGGGAAAAUGCUCCUGAUCGGCCAAAUUUUUAUUUGAUCGGCAAAAAGUCGUGAUUCCCGAUCACCGUGAUCGGGAAACGUUAUUUCGAGCCCUGCGGUAUUUCGGACCUCCAGGGAGAACAUGCGGUUCCUCCUAUAGGAUAAUCCUGCAUCAAUAAGGGAUGACCCCUAUGCUGGGUCUUUAGGGAAAACGUUUCGACAUUCUGUACAUGUAGUUCAGUUUUAGUUUGAAACUGAGCAACUUCAGCGGGGAAUUAAACAAGGAUAUACUCUAUAAUUUGGUAGAGGAUACGGGUAACAAGGAGUUAUCAUCAGAGAUCUUGGAUAUUGAAGAUUUGGUUGGAUUUGGAAAGAGGCAAAGGUGAACGGCUACAAUCUAGGCUUGGGCGGUUUUCGAAAAACCCCGAAAACCGACUGGAAAAACCGAGGUUUUUGUCCGCCAUCUUGACGCUUGAGACCCCUUUAAUUAACUCUUUAUUGAAUUUUCCCGAAACGACACAAAAACCGGACUGUGAAAAAUAAUACUAAGGUCAAUUAUACAGUUUUUUCUUCUAAAAUACUUCAUAACUAAAACGAGGAAUGCCGAACACCAAGAAACGAAAAGAAAAGAAGAUUCGCCUCAGGCUAUAACCCCAUUCUGAUCAGGCUUCGUCGCUUUUCAGCCGCGUGUAUAGGUUCACAUAUCGUGUGAACGAAUGGUGAUAGCAAAGAAUUGUUUUGGGACUGGGAUCACUUUCUAUGGCAUGGGACAUAUAGGGAAUGGGUUAGGGCCUUAGGUGUCCCUGACCUAAUCUACUCCUAUAUGUCCCCAUAAAUGUCCGAUAGAAAGUGAUCUCCAAAAUUCUGCAUGGUGAUAUACGUACUGAUAUACGAUUCUUCGGUCGGUUUUUUCGGUUUUCUGAUAUAGGCGAAACCGUAAAACCGGUUUUGAGAAAACCCCGAUAUUUAUCGGCUUACCGAUAUACUACCCCAGCCUACUUCAAACAUGGCAAAAAACAGUUCGCAGAACGACUGAGCGGCCUAAGAGCCUUCGCUCAAAACGUCGAAGUCUUAUUUGUGUUUUUCAGGUAGUUGAAUUCCUCUCACAGCUUUCUGGUGUAAUAAUAAGUAUAUUUUUUUACUAUUUCUAGUUGUUGUCCAUAUUACCUGUCCCGAAAUCAGAAGAAGGUUGCAGAGAUCGUAUUUAUGCCAUAUAAUUAUUUGAUUGAUGCCAAGGUAAACUUGCUAGAAACGUUACUAUAACUUUGUACAUUUUCGCAUUAGACUGUAUCUGGACUUCAGAGAGUAUGUAUCUUAGAGAUAAAAGCGCAGAAAUUAUAUAGAGUUAUCCCUUAUAAACGAAGUUAGUUUAUCUCGAUCGGUGCCAGUGGAGGUAUGAGUACAAGCAGCAAUCUUUAUAGGCGAUUACGAGUAAUAUUUUUAAGGCAAAUUUACAUAAUCAAGUCUAGACUGUUUUAUCUGUACAACAAUUGUGAUAUUUCUUUCUUAACUAUGUUUAGCCCACCUGUCUUAACCCACCCUGUCAAUUUUUCUUGUGGGAGGAAACCGGAGCGCCCGGGGAAACCCACUUUCGGCAAAGCGUUGACUGACUUUUUUCACAUUUGUCCGUAUAGCGAGAAUCGAACCCACGAUCUCGAGCUACAUUCUGAUUGAAUAAAUCUUAUUUUUCUUUCAUUUUAGUCAAGAAGUGCAAACAGUAUUGACAUUUCCAAAAGUGUAAUUCUUUUUGAUGAAGCACACAAUAUAGUAAGGAGAUUACAUUAAUUUACUAUUUAUCUGGAGUAACGAGGAAAACAUGUCUUCUAUAUGACAGGUUGUCAUGAACUGUCAAAACUGCAAAUACACUUGGGUUUCCAAUUACAUUGUUAUAUUCUCACCAGGAGAGUAGUGAGUGAAAACUGGCUGAUAUUAUACCUGAUUCAUAGGAACGUAUCUGUGAGGAAGCAAUGUCGUUUGAUCUUACUUCGUUCGAUAUUGCAAGUUGUAUUGAAGAUCUUGAUAAAUGUUUGGACACUUUAUCGAACAUGGAGGAAGAUGGAACAUUGUCCUUGGUUGAUGAUGGCGGGAACUCGGGUAAAAGGAUUUAAACUGAUAUUAUUUGAUGAUUUUUGGUUGAUAAUUAUUGAUCUAUGAUUAUUGGUCUAUGAUUACUGAUUGAUGAUUAUUACUAGAUGAUAUCAUGACGAUUAUUGGUUGAUGAUUAUUGAUUGAUGAUUAUUGAUUGAUGGUUAUUGGUUGAUUAUUAAAUUGUGGAUACAACGUUUUACCAUUAAUAUACGAUCCGUAAUUUUUAUCUACGUAGGUGAUGGUUUGGAUAAAAAGGAGAUUGCUUAUAUGAAAGGUAUGAUAUUCCUUAGGUAUUUGCUAUUCCGGGCUUGUGUUUAUUAUGGUAUUGAUAAGAUCGUGAUGAUGCCGAUUACAUAAAUAUCAAAUGUUCGCUUUGUUAUCAAGGUCUGCUCCUAUUGUUGGAAGAAGAAAUUCACAAUAUUAUUUCUUCAUCUUCCCAAGGAAUUACAAAACCUGGCAGGUAAAAUAUUUUAGGUGAUUCAGGUCUUGCAGUCCUAUGGGAAUAAUAGAGAGCUCAAGAUCUAGGACGCGGCCGGCUCAACAACGCGGUUUGAAUUUCAGCUCAAGAAUGAGCGCUAAGUAAUUUCAUUACUGUAAUAAAUGUUUUAGGAUUUUUCAAAUAACAUUACAAACUGCUAUAAGUUGGACUAAAGCCAUGUAAUGUUUGCUGUAAUUUCGACUUUAAGUAACACCCCUUGGGUUGCAAUAAGCCUUCACGUUGCAUGAAAGACGUAAUAAUGCUACGUUUAACGGUGUGUUUUUUUCUUUCUUUCGCAAGCGCGUCGUUGAACCAGCCGCGUCGUAGAUCGUAAGCUCUCUAUUAUGUCAGUUACGAAAUCUUCUCUAAUAAGCCCCCCUCUCUAAUGAGCCUCCCUCUCUAAUAAGCCCCCCUCUCUAAUAAGCCCCUUCUUUAAUAAGCCCUUCUCUCUAAUACGCCCUUCUCUUUAAUAAGCCCUUCUCUAAUAAGCCCCCCUCUCUAAUAAGCCCCCCUCUCUAAUAAGCCCCUUCUUUAAUAAGGCCCUCUCUCUAAUAAGCCCCUUCUUUAAUAAGCCCCUCUCUCUAAUAAGCCCCUUCUUUAAUAAGGCCCUCUCUCUAAUAAGCCCCUUCUUUAAUAAGCCCCCCUCUCUAAUAAGCCCCUUCUUUAAUAAGCCCCUCUCUCUAAUAAGCCCCUUCUUUAAUAAGCCCCUCUCUCUAAUAAGCCCCUUCUUUAAUAAGCCCCCCUCUCUAAUAAGCCCCUUCUUUAAUAAGCCCCUCUCUCUAAUAAGCCCCUUCUUUAAUAAGGCCCGGUUUAGACGGCGAACUUUUCAUGCGCCGAAUCUAAUGCAAGGAUUAAAUGCGACGCUGGAGCGGCGUCUAAAUCAAAUAAGUUCGGCAGAUUUUGAUUAAGUUCGACACGACUCGAAGAUGCGACAAGACAAGUCGUAUAUGCGACACAGGUUCGACAUUGAUUUAGACGUCGUGCUUUUCAUGCGCCGAACCUAAUGCAUACUUAAUUUUUUAACAUUACAAUAUGAUUAUCAUAUAUUUGCAUUGUAAAUAUGUCCAAUAUAGUGUCCUCGCAAUUUGGUACGGCACUAUUAAGUUCGACGUCUAAAUCAGUUUCCAAUAUUUUGCCGUAUCUACGGCAAUUAGAUUCGGCGCAUGAAGCCUAAGCCCCCCUCUCUAAUACGCCCUUCUCUCUAAUAAGCCCUUCUCUAAUAAGCACCCCUCUCUAACGAGCCUCUCUGUCUAAUAGCCAACCUGUCUAAAAAGUCGCCCUCUCUAGUAAACCUUCCUCUCUAAUACGCCCCAUCUCUAAUACGCACCUGUGUCAAAUAGGCUCUCCUCUUUUAUAAACUCCCCUCUUUUAUAAACUCUUUAAACAUCCAUUUUUUAUAUUACAAUAUUUUAUAGUUACAUAUUUGAACUGUUGCGGAAAGUCAAAAUCACACAUGAAACCGAAAAACAGAUCCUUGAUCAGAUUGAAAAAGUCUGUACAUUUUUAGUCGCAAGUAAGUUUUAUUUUCACACACAGUUACAACUUACAUGUGAGUUGUGAGGAAAGUGCUUUCAUUUUGAGAAGGGUGAACAGCUUUGAACUGAUAGAGCAAAUAAAGAUGGUUUAGUCUAGGUUUUGUCCUGUAUAGUAACACUGUACUAAUAUAACCUUACUGGUCCCUUAUCUAUAACUGAUAGAACUAUCCCGCAUAACUAAAAGUAGUUUAGUUUAUUGUAGUACUGGAUCAAUUAAAAUCAUUAGUUGCUCAAGGCGAGGUGAUUACAAGCCUGUAGUCACUGAGCCGAACGCAAACAGUAUGCAUAUUCAAAACAAAACAAUCAUACUCGAAAAUAGUCCGAAAUGCAAGCUAAUUUCAAAAAAAGAUGAAAACACAAUAUAUAUAGAAAUGCAUUGUAAUUGUCAAUCAGUGCUAUUUCCUGGAUCUCAAAUAUUAUUUUAAUUUUAGAUCAAACCAGUGGCUUAAAACAAAAGCAAUUCCUGUUGAGCAAGUUUGCUGAUGCCUUGAAAGUACGUUUACACUUUAGUCUUCCGUAAAUGAAUCUUAAACUACAGAAAGAUUUAUGCUCAGCAUUCUUCGUGGGGUUCAGUGUAGGUAGUAUUUUGCAACAAGCUGCCGUAUUUUGUGUCUGAACUACUUGAGAAAGGUACAGUAUCUCAAACGUGAAGGUUCAGUAGGUGGUAUUCUAUAAUAAGCUGCCAUGAUUUGUGUCUCAAAAGGGUGCAGUGUAGGUAGUAUUCUAGAAUAGUCUCCCGUGGUUUCUGUGUGAAAUACUUCAAAAGAUAUCUCAAACGUGGAAGUCCAGUGUAUAGGUAGUGUUUUACAAUAGCCUGUCGUGGUCUCUGUCUGAACUAACUGAAAAAUAUACCUGAAACAUGAGGGUGCAGUGUAGAUAGUAUUCUACAAUAAAUUGGCAAGGUUUGUGUUGGAACUAUGGCUUUUUAAACGAAGCAUUGCCGCUUGUAUUGUAUGACUUAGCAAUAUUUAAUGUUUUUCUCAUAUAGAUAGUUUUCCAAAACAGCGCUCCAACAGAGUCAGACAACGAGGAUAUAUCUCGUUAUUAUAAGGUAUGAAACAUAAUGGCGGUGGCAUAAAUUAACCCUUCUGUAACUUCAAGUUUAAACCUUUUAAACGUUUGCUCAUACCCAUAUACAAGUGGGUUUCACCAUGGAUAAUAAAAUAAAUGGAUAGGACUCUAGCUGACGUAAGCAAAAACAACCUAGUUGCAAUCUGUGACGUCACGCGUAUUGCAAAGUUCUCGGCAUUUUUGUUGUUUCGCUAGACUUUCUGCUUUAAGAGAGUAAUAUUGAAGCAUCAACUGGUCUAAUUGUUUCAAAAACACGCCUAAGCCACGACAAAGUAUUCAAGGUAAAUGUUUUUCGUCUUUGUUUUGUAUUUUUUUACAUUUGUAGCUACGAAAUUGACGUCCCCAAUUUUAACGAAAUUUGGGAUGCAUUUUUCACUGUUUAGUGCUUGAAAUAUUCGCUAAAAUUGACUGGGAAUACUUAGAGAUUUCAUUGUAGAUUGGUGUAGUUAAAUUCAUUUGCUCUUUGACUAAAAUGUUUAGCUGCAUUAUUGCUAAACAUGCCGUUUUUGAGAAUUUGGUUUGCAACUAGGUUUCAACAUCCAAUCACGCCAUCAGCCCAUUGAAAACAUUAGGUCACGUCAGCUAGUUUCCUAUCCAUUUAUUUUAUUAUCCAUGGUUUCACUGAGCACUAUCGUGCAGCAGAUGGUGGUCCCCUGCAAAAGCCUGCAAUAGAUGUUUCCAGCUAUCAGGGCUUUCAAAAUAAGCUGGCGGCCGCCGGAGCUCCGGCAGGUGCCACGAGGUUCACCGCCGGUUAUUUUGCUUAGUUCUUGAAAUAUCAAUUCUGCUCUCCUUCCUCCAUUCUAAGCUUUCAAACAAAGUUAUUUUUCCUCAACCUGCUCUACUUUAUAGCCUGGUUAUUUUCGAAAACGACGUACUAUUUCGUAAAACUGAUUUAGUUAUUUGCCAUCUUAAAUCUUGAAGUUAGCUUGUUGAAGAAUGAAAGCAAUGAUACAUUAUAAUUUGGUUACAGAGCUCAGUUGUGUUGCUAUCUAAUCAAUAUACACUUGUUAAUUUGGAUGACUUUAAGACUCCCUAGACCACCCUCUCCCAACAGCCGCCUACUUUAUCAAAACAGACACCUACUCAGAAUAAUUCUGAAAGCCCUGGCUAUAGACCAAAUUUUUAUCUAGGCAAGAAGAUCACCACAGUUAGAAAGAGCAUGAUGCUUGUGAUGUUACUCUGAGUGUAUAUCCACACCGGGCAAGCUUGAAAAAUAUGCCUGACCACGGUGGGAAUCGAACCUACGACGUUUGGAAUACUAGCCCAAUGCUCUGCCAACUGAGCUACGCGGUCUGGUCGGUUCGAGUAUGUGAUAUUUCGGAACAGAAUCUAGUUCCUUCGAUAUUAAUGUUAUUACACCAACACAGAAAAAUCAUGAUUAUUAUUAGAUAACUUUAAUAUCGAAGGAACUAGAUUCUGUUCCGAAAUAUCACAUACUCGAACCGACCAGACCGCGUAGCUCAGUUGGCAGAGCAUUGGACUAGUAUUCCAAAGGUCGUAGGUUCGAUUCUCACCGUGGUCAGGCAUAUUUUUCAAGCUUGCCCGGUGUGAAUAUACACUCAGAGUAACAUCACAAGCAUCAUAUUCACCUGAGUACAUUACACCAACACAGAAAAAUCUAGAAAGAGCAUGUUAAAAUUAGUAAAAUUGCAAAGUUUGGUUGCGAAAUGUUACAAAAUGCGGGAAAUAUAGCCCUGCGAAAUUUGCAAAUUUUGUAAUUUGUAUAUUACACGCGGGAAAAUGCACCAUAUUUUGGCCGAAAGUGGUAUAUUUUCAAAUGUCGUAUAGGGCUAUAUUUUCCGCAUUUUACAACAUUUCGCAAUCAAACUUUAUACAAGAUAUGGUAUAUAUAAGAUAUGCCGAAAACAGACGUACUUUAUAGCCACAAACCAUGGCUAUAAGGUAUGCCGAAAACAAGCGUCAGUUUAUAGCCAUAAACCGUGGCUAUCAGGUAUGCCGAAAACAGACGUACUUUAUAGCCACAAACCAUGACUAUAAGGUAUGCCGAAAACAAGCGUACUUUAUAGCCAUAAACCGUGGCUAUCAGGUACGCCGAAAACAGGCGUGCUUUAUAGCCACAAACCGCGGCUAUAAGGUAUGCCGAAAAUAAGCGUACUUUAUAGCGCGCCAUAAACCGUGGCUAUCAGGUAUGCCGAAAACAGACGUACUUUAUAGCCACAAACCAUGACUAUAAGGUAUGCCGAAAACAAGCGUACUUUAUAGCCAUAAACCGUGGCUAUCAGGUAUGCCGAAAACAGGCGUGCUUUAUUGCCACAAACCGCGGCUAUAAGGUAUGCCGAAAAUAAGCGUACUUUAUAGCCAUAAACCGUGGCUAUCAGGUAUGCCGAAAACAGGCGUACUUUAUAGCCACAAACCAUGGCUAUAAGGUAUGUCGAAAACAGGCGUACUUUAUAGCCACAAACCAUGGCUAUAAGGUAUGUCGAAAACAGGCGUACUCUGUAGCCACAAACCAUGGCUAUAAGGUGUACUGAAAACAAGCGUAGUUUAUAGCCUAAACCGUGGCUAUAAGGUAUGCCGAAAACAUGCAGGCAUACUUUAUAGCAAAAAACCAUGGCUAUAAGGUAUGCAGGAAACAGGCGUACUUUAUAGGCACAAACAUAUUGUAUAGUAUCUUGUAUUCAUUUGGUUAUUGUAGGUCCAUAUUCAAGAGCAAGACAAUGAUAAUUCUAAAAAGAAACAACUUGACGUUUGGUCAACUAGCAAGGCAGCAAGUAGCAAGAAAGGUGCUGAAUUUUUAACCCAUGUAGUACAUAGUUAAGGUGGCUCCCUAAAGUUCUAAAAUCCGCAAGUAAAUUUCUGUGAUUUAUGAUUAAUUAGCCUUUCUCACGCCGCCAUUUUUGGGCCGUGCAUGGUAACCUUUUUAGAACAGGGAUAGUAUAGUGAAAAUGAAACUUUUUAUACUGAACUAUAGUUGUAAGUAUAAUCAUCAUAAAUCGAUUUACAGUUAAAUAUUUGAAAAAUUAUUUUCACAUCGCUUAUAGAUUUGUCACGUUGUUUAUAAAAUAGUACCCAAAAAUGGCGGAUUUGAUUUGGAUCUUCGUGAGAAAGGCUAAUUGCGUUGUUUAUAAUUAUUUUUGUCAUUCAGGUUAUUCACUGGGCUACUGGUGUUUCUCUCCUGGGGAGACGAUGAAACAGUUGAUGAAAAGUAAUGUUAGAUCUAUGAUCUUAACCAGCGGAACACUGUCACCUUUACAAUCUUUCAAAGCUGAACUACAAAUGUAAGUGCAUGUUGAAUCACUUGGCUUGAUAUUUGGAGCCUCCAGUUUGACGCGACCAGGUUUUAUCUGGGUACUUCAAUUUCCUGGUAAUACUGAAUCAAUACGGAUGGUCUUACUUGGUUCUCUGGGUAGAACAGUUUAGAACUGAUAGAGCUAUCCAGUAUAAAUAAAGUUAGUUCAGUUUAGGUUUCCUCCUGUAGUAACAUGCACUAGAGCAAUAAGUCAUGAUCCUCGUGCUGGACUUCGAAAGAGAGUUAUCAGUUAUCUAUCCACUAGGUAGUUCGGUGUAGGUUUCAGUGUAGGAUCCAGACAUCCAGUGCACACUGGAUCAAAUUAGUCGACCAUAUUACUUCAUUUUGGUCACAUGAUAAUACUGGAUACCUGGUGAAGAAUAUUGAUCCAAUCCUUUAGAACUGGAUCAAAAUUAAGGAGAGACUUGUUCGUAGAGACGUCAUAUCAAAUCCGACAAUUUGGACUUCACCGGACAAUCUUCAGACUCGUUAAUAAUUCAUGAGUAAAUUAGCCAACCAUAUUGCUUUAUUUUGCUCACAUGAUAAUACUGGAUACCUGAUGAAGAAUAUUGAUCUAGUCCUUGGACUGGAUCAAAAUUAAUUCAGUCCUUGGAUUGGAUCAAGAUUAAUUCACCUCACUUUAAGUAGUGAUUUACUGAUUUAUGCGUAUGAGAUGUCAAAAACCUAGUCCAGUCCUCAUAGUCGGAUUUGAAAUAUUACAUCCAGUCUUUGUAAUUAGUUGUCUGGUCGGAUUUGAUAUGUUAGGUUUCUUAUGACUAUUACGAAUAAAUUUGUGAUGUCAACUAAUAAUUAGCUGUAUGGAAAUCUGGAACGUCGCUAUUGCUUCGCGAGAUCCUGUAUAACUAAACAACUGUACAUUGCAAGAAUCAAACUCUUGUCAUGAUACACAGUAUCUUGUCAUAUGUCACGUGAAAGCCUCAUGCACCAACCGCUGUGACACAAAUAUUCCUCAAGUUACUCCAUUUUCUUGCAGUGAUAUACCAGUGGAACUUCAAAAUCCACAUGUGAUCAAGAAACAUCAGAUGUUUGUUGGAGUUCUCAAAACAGGACCCGACGCAGUUGUCCUCAAUUCUUCAUUCAAAAACAGGUACAGAUAACCUCUCUCGUUCAUCGAGACCCCGUUUACAGCAAAGCAAAAGAUUCCGUAUUCACUAAAGUUUCCAGAUUCGAGUAUUCGGAUACGUUAACUGUUUGCACUACAGCAGUAUGAAGACAGAUUUUCACAGGGUUUUCAAACCAAGCUCAAGCUGGUCGUCUCUGGAGCUCUGGCAUGUGUUAUGAGGUUGACCGCCGGGUAUUUUCUUUAAAAUAUACUGUGCAUCCAUAUCGCUUUCAAUCACUGGCGAAGAAGAAUCAAGAAUAAGCUAAUAAUAAACAGUUAUUGGAUGAGGUUUUUGUGAUAUCUUUUUUAAUUAUUUUGGCACAAAAAACAUUCACGAAAACGCCGUUCGUUCAUGUUGAAAAUUGUAUUCCUUAUUCGUGUAUUUAAACUGCCACUUGCUAUAAAAUUACAUACCGCUGGCUCAACCCACACAUAACUCAGUUGUCUGCUAGCAGAUAACUGAGUUAUGUGUAUGCGUGAUUGCCAUAUUUACCUGUAAGCUAUUAACCAAUCAAAACGCAUGCAGCGACUACAAUGUAUAAUAAAGUCAAAUAAUUGUCUGGAAACCAAGAACUAGCGACCAAGAUCAGUGCAAUGAAGGAGAAAUUUUUAUUGAUAAUUUUGAAUGAAAUUUAUUGAAAAUUAGUCUUUGCUUUUUCCAAUCCUCAUUCAUCCUAUGCAUGAUGUACUAUUUAUAGCACACAGUGCAUUAUCAGAAAUAACACACGAGUGCUAUAAAUGACCUAAAAAACGAUCUAUCUGAUGAGUUCAUUGGCGAAGUAAUUUUAAAAAUUAUCUUUGUCACUUGGAGAUUAAACAGGGCCCUUAAACAAAGUCCUUAAACAAAGUCCUUAAACAGGGCCCUUAAACAAAGUUGAAGUCCUUAAACAGGGCCCUUAAACAAAGUUGGAGAUUAAACAGGGCCCUUAAACAAACUCCUUAAACAAAGUCCUUAAACAGGGCCCUUAAACAAAGUCCAGUGGCGUAGCCAGAACGAUAAUUUUUUUUUGGGGGGGGGGCAUAUUCAUAUAUUCGUGUUCUGCUUUAUUAAUUUCUCUUGAAAUCAAUUGUUUUUAUGGUAUGUGAACACGAAAAUAUUAAUAUGCCCCCCCCCCCAAUUAUCGUUCUGGCUACGCCACUGACAAAGUCUAACCUAUAUAGUUCGAUAUGUUAAGUAAACAAUUCAUAUUUCUACCCUAGGAACAGUGAAAAGUACCUGGCAAGCUUGGGAAAUGCAAUAGGUGAGUAG